UCGAUGUGGAAGCGGCAUCCAUCAUUUCGGCAGCAUCUUUUUCGGACGGUUCCAGUGGCACUCGUCUGCUCAUUCUGGCCCUCGGACAGCGGAACGGUGCCGCUGCCGUGAUGGAAAAUGGUGCCAGAUGACUUUGUCUAUGGUCGAAUUGUUGGUUUUCGGUGUUCUUUCAUCGUGUAUUUGUUUUUUCAUUGUGAGGGACUGCUAUAGUUUAAUUUUCCUUCUUUUUUUAAACAAAGAAAAGGAAACGGUGCCGUGAGAAUGGGCUUAUUCAUCAGGCUCGGGGGAAAUAUAUAGAGCAGUUACUUCCCUUGCUUUUCGGUCGAGCGUCUUGCUUGGGUGAUUCUGUCUCGAAUCCGUUUAUCAACAUGAGUUCAGCAGAAUCAUGAAGGCUACACAAGAGAUAAUCAUUCAUGUGUUAAAAAUGACUUGAUGUUUAUAUUUGGAUUGCUGCAAAAGCUUUAUGCUACCCAAAUGUUGAUCAUUUGGCUCAUAGGAGAUGAGUUGGUCUGGUAGAUCUAGAUCUCGAUCUAGCAGUAGAUCUAGCAGUGGGAAAGACCUGUGUUCUCAUCCGGAAGGUUCAGAUCAGUUGAAAACUAAAUCUGGUCAUACACAUUCACAGGGAUGGACUGUAGCUACAUAUCGACACAACAAUGUUGUUGUGAAAUUUAGAGGUAGACGCAAUGAUGGGUUGAAAGCAGCGGACAUUGUUCAUGUGUUGCGGGAGAGGGUGGCCUACCUGUCAGGUGGGCGAGACAGACGUGGGGGUCCCAUCCUCACAUUUCCUUCCCACACUCAUCCUGAAAGGUUGAAACAUGAUGAUCUACGGCGGCUUAUGACUUACUUAGCCAGUGUGCCAAGUGAUGAGGUGCGCGACAGAGGCUUUACCAUGAUCCUUGAUAUGAGAGGGACCAAAUGGGAGACUGUCAAGCCAAUUUUGAAAGCCUUGCAGGAAUGUUUCCCUGGAAACAUCAAUAUGGCUUUCAUCAUCAAGCCAGAGAAAUUCUGGGAGAAACAGCGAACAAGUUUAGGCAGCUCAAAGUAUAACUUUGAGACCAAUAUGAUCUCAUUGGAUAACUUGAACAAAGCCAUUGAGCCAAAUCAGCUGACACGGGAGUUUGACGGCACCUUGGACUAUGACCAUGAGCAGUGGAUACAACUCCGACUGAUGCUGGAAGAAUUCAUCUGGAAGGCCUUGGACCUCCUGGACAAGCUGGAUGAGCUUGGUGAGAUCUUGACCAACCCGGAGCUACCGGACGAUCUGAACGGUGCCCAGAUGGUGCUGGAGGAGCACAACCAUCUGAAGAAGCGAGUGACCAUGGCCCCCGUGGAGCAGCUGGCCAUGGAGGGACACCAGAUCUUACAGAGGAUCACCGGGGAGUACAGUGGGACGGGUGGUCGGCGUUAUGUGAUAUCUGGCAAUGCAGACUUCCAGUCAGCAGUGCCACAAAUUUCUCAGCUGCUAGAUAAUCUGCAGUCUACAAAGCAGCAUCUGAACCAGCUGUGGAGUGUCAAAAAAAUGAGAUUAGAGCAAUGUUUACAGCUACGCAUAUUUGAAGAGGAUGUAGAGAAGAUGUUUGAGUGGAUCAGUCACAACAGAGAUCUGUUUCUAGUCAACUACACAGAGAUCGGGACCUGCCACCAGAUGGCAGUGGAGCUCGAGUCGGAACACUGCCAGUUUGCCACCAGUGCUGAGAAUGUGUACGUCAACAUUACGAGGAUCCUUGGUAUGGCCCAGCGUAUGUGUGACUCAGGUCACUAUGCCUCCAAUACUAUUAGAAUGGAAGGAGGGAAACUGGAGCGGGAAUGGAAAAGUUUGGCAGCUGCCCUCGAAGACAGGAGCACGGUUUUACGCAUGUCUGUCGUCUUUCACAAGAAAGCAGAACAGUACCUGGCCCAGGUGAUUGUGUGGCAGAACACCUGCGAGAGUCUCAAGAUCCCCAGUGGCAUUGAGGAGUUGGAGGAAGCUCUGCAACAACACCAGAACCUGAUAGAAACAAUCAGCCAAACUUACGCUGAGGUGUGUGGUGACGGUAAAGCCCUGCUGGAUACCCUGCAAACUCCGGUCACCUCCAGUAGCGCCAACUCCAUCACUGCCAAGGCGGAUUACUCUGAGGCUGCAGGUCAUGUCCUGGACGUGGUGCAUGAGGUGCUAGCCCACCAGCGUCACCUGGAGCAAAUCUGGCAUGGCAAAAAGGUGAAGCUACACCAGCGGCUAGGGCUGAGACUCUUUCAGCAGGAUGUCAAACAGGUGAUUGACUGGCUCAACAACCACGGAGAUGUAUUUCUCAAGAAGAACACGUCCAUUGGCAAGUCACUGCAGAGAGCAAAAGCUUUGCAGAAAAGUCAUGAACACUUUGAGUCUGUGGCAAGGAAUACAAUAACCAAUGCUGAGAAGCUUCUUGCUGCGGCGGACGAGUUAGCUCAGACGGGAGAGUGCGAUGCCACCGAGAUCUACAGCGAGGCCCAUGAGCUGGAGCAGCGUAUGCACGCCUUCCUGUCGGGUCUGCAGCGACGGAGGGCUGUGCUGGACAUGACAGUCAUCUUCUACUCUCAUGUCCAUGAGUUGACCAACUGGCUGGAGGAGCUUCAUACAGAACUUCAGAGCACGGAGUUGGCCGACAGUGUGGAGGGGGCUGAGCAGCUCAUUGGUCAGUUCAACCAGCAGAGAGAGACCACUGUGGAAGCAGCCAUCAACACGGUGGGGGAGGGAGAGACAUUGCUGGAACAGCUCAGACUCAUCUCCAUGGAGACAGAGAAGACAGGUCACAGUGCAGACUACAAGCAUAUUGAGGGUGUGCUGAGCCAGCUCAAUGACAGCCGCAGUCAGCUGGAGGACCUGUGGGCAGCACGCAAGAUGAAGCUGGACCUGUGUCUGCAGCUGCAGGUCUUUGAGAGGGACGCCAUGGAGGUCUCCUCUCAGCUGGAGCUGCUGUCAGAAGAGCUUCAGCACAUGGAGAUGGUGACGGACGGCAGCAAGGCUGAGCAGCUCCUACAGAUACACAAUGAGAGUGUGAUGCACGUGCAGAACUGUACUUACGAGGUCAUACAGCGGGGCCAAGAAUUAGCGCAGGUGAUGAGUGAGAGUGACCACGAGGCCACAAACCGCAUCGGCGUGCUGCUGGAGUACCUCAAUGAGCGACAGGUUGACCUGGAGGGGUUGGCUGAGCAGAAGAGGCUGAGGCUACAGCAGUGUGUGCAUCUGAGGAACUUUGAAAUAGAAGCUAGACAGGUGAUCCUGUGGGUGCGGAACGGUGAGUCAAUGCUCACUGACAGCUUUAUGUGUCCCAACUCUUUGGUGGAGGCGGAGCAGCUGAAAAAAGAACAUGAGCAGUUUAUGAUUGCUAUUGAGAAAACGCACUUCAGCCUGGUGGCUGUGACUCAGCGGGCAGAGGGCAUGCUCCAGCAGCAGCACUACAACGCUGAGCUGGUCCGAGCCAUGGCUGAGAAUGUGACGCUAGCCUGGCAGCAGCUAAUGUACCACGCCGAGGAGAGGCAGAAGCUGGUCAUGGCCUCCACCAACUGGUACAAGACUGCUGAACAGGUGUGGUCAGUGCUGGAGUCACUGGACCGUGACUACAAGCGAGACGAGGACUGGUGUAACUCGGACAAGGCCGGUACCACCAACACCCAGGCCAAGGCAGCCUAUCUGGUGCAGCUCAUCAACAAACACAGUGAGCAGAAGGAGGCAUUUCUCAGGGCAUGCACACUGGCGAGACGAACUGCUGAAACAUUCCUAAAGUACGUGACCCGAAACCUGCACUUUCUGGGCAUGCAGAUGAAAUUUCGGAGCCCAGAGCAACGGGUAAAAGCUACACUGACCAAAUUAUUGCAGCAAGAAAAUUUAGUGUUAGAAUUUUGGACCAUGAAGAAGAGGAAACUGGAGCAGUGUCACCAGUUUGUGUUGUUUGAACAGAGCGCCAAGCAGGCCUUAGAGUGGAUCCAUGACUAUGGUGAGGCAUAUCUCGCCUCUCACACCAACGUGGGAGCUGACAAAAAUGAAACAGAGGCUUUGCUCAAGGAACAUUAUGAAUUCAGGAACAGGGCCAAGGAGACCAAGGAGAAUGUCAAGCUUCUGCUCCAGCUGGCAGACGACUUUGUGACCAAGGGCAACAUUCACGCCACCAGCAUCAUGGAGUGGUGUAGCAUGGUUGAUAAACGCUACAAGCUCUUCUCCUCGCGCAUGGAGAAGUACCGGCUACAGCUACAGGCCAAACUAGGGGUCACGCCACAGGAGCAAAAUGAGAAGGAUGAGCAGCGUCAAAGUGAUUCGUCCAUAGAGGAGAAAUUGGAGCAAACAAGUACAGGGAAAGAAAUCACAGAGGAAAAACGAAAGUCUGCCCGGAGAAGAGAGUUUAUCAUGGCUGAAUUACUACAGACGGAGAGAACUUAUGUGAAGGAUUUAGAAAUCUGUAUCAAUUGUUAUAUGAAACCAAUGUCCGACUCCAGUAUUAAUGUUCCCGCCGGCAUCCACGGCAAGGAACAUGUUGUCUUUAGCAAUAUGGAUGAGAUUUAUGAAUUCCACAAAGAUGUGUUCCUGAAGGAGUUGGAGAAGUAUGAGUCAAUACCUGAGGAUGUGGGCCAUUGCUUUGUCACAUGGGCGGAGAAAUUCUCCAUUUAUGUGACCUACUGCAAGAACAAACCGGACUCCAAUGCUCUGCUGGUGGAGCAGGCUGGACUCUUUUUCGAGGAGAUGCAGCGCAAGAGCAAACUGAACGAGCCCAUUGCUUCCUACCUGAUCAAACCGGUUCAGAGAGUGACCAAGUACCAACUACUGCUCAAAGAUCUGCUCACGUGUUGUGAGGAACACACCGGUGAGAUCAAGGAAGCCCUUGAGGUGAUGAUGAAUGUGCCUAAGAAAGCCAACGAUGCCAUGCAUCUGAGUAUGCUGGAGGGAAUGGAGGAUAAUUUGGAGGCUCUUGGGGAAGUACUCUUACAGGACAACUUCACGGUCUGGGACCCAAAACAGCUGAUCAAGAAAGGCCGCGAGAGACACCUGUUCCUGUUUGACGUCUGCCUCGUCUUCUCCAAGGAGGUCAAGGACAGUAAUGGAAAGUCCAAGUACAUAUACAAGUUCAAGUUGAUGAUUGCUGAGAUCAACAUUACGGAACAUAUAGAAGGGGAUGAGACCAAGUUUGCCUUGUGGACUGGACGGGCACCCAUCUCAGACUACAGGAUUAUCCUCAAGGCGUCAUCACUGGACACGAAGCAGCAGUGGGUGAAGAAGAUGCGUGAGCUGAUCCAGGAGCGUGUCCUCUAUCUCAACGAUGCCCUCAAGGACAAACAAGCCACCAUGUUCAAACCUCCACCCAAGAUCUUCAACACAAGUCGAGUCAGCCGAGAGCUGGAGGGCGAGGCGGGCGCCCUGGAGGACAUGACGGCCCUGGAGCGGCGCGGCUCCCUCAUGUCCAUCGUGUCCAGCACCACUACAGGCACCAACGACAGCAGCAGCAGCGGAGGCGGGCCGGGACAGGCCAAGGGCGCUCCGGAGCUCACAGUGGUCAUGGAGGAUUACGCCGCUUCCAGCCCCAAGGAGGUCAGCGUCCAGAGAGGCCAGCAGGUGGAGGUCAUCGACGCCUCGCCUGGUCAGCUGGACUGGUGCCUGGUGCGGACGCUGCCUCCCGACGGCGCGGACAGUGCGCAGGGCCUGGUGCCUGUCUCCGUGCUCAAACCCUUGGCUUUUCUACAGACGCCCGGCGCCAGGAACUCCAUCGACCUGGACGAUUCCAUGGGCAACACUGAGGGGACGUCGUCUCCUGUCAGCAAACGGCGGAGCAGUUUUAAGAAGUGGCUGACCACACCUGUGAGGAAACUGAGCCAUGGCAAGAUCGAGAAGCAGGGCGGUAUGUUGUUGGACCCACAGCGAGCACUACAGAGAGGGGACAGGCGCACCCUCAUCAAUCCACUGGGGGCUGACCGGGACUCUACGGGUGGAGAGAGCGUUGUCACGGGCGACCAGACCAUCGCGCCCCAGGUGGCUGUGGUCAACCAGAAGAGCCCUCUGGAUGCCACCAGCGAGGAGGAGGAACCGGCCCAGGACAUUGAGAUGCCACCACCCAUGGAGAUCCAGGAGCACUCCUUCAAGCCAGACAACAAGGAAGUCUCCACUGAUGAUGUCACUACCAAACUGGUCAGUGACUUUUGAAUCCCAAAAUUUUGAAUUAGUAAAAACUGCA